UUAAAUGACAGAUCGAGCAAAUGAGAAUCGCGCAAUGCUAUUGCGCUCUUACUGUAUACCAAUACAAGCGAGUAAUGCCUGCAAGCUUAUGUGGGGUUCGAAUAAACGAUUAGCUGGCAUUAUUUGCUAGAUCUUCAACAGAACCAAAGGUGUUUUUCUACAACUCUCCGAAGUGCUAAAAUAAAAUAAAAGUGGCUACGAGGAAAAGUGUAUUCUUCUAAGUGAAAAAGUGUGCUCAUAAAUUUUGCAGAAAGCCGGAUCAAUCUGCUUAUAUCAUUCGCGGCCGCCGAGAUUGACUCCGAUCUCCAACGUAGGCAACAGCCGUCGACAAAUAUUUCAACCGCAUUUUCAGGAAGGUGUGACGCAAUUUUCGUCGCUGCCCUUAAAACAAGGGCCGGUAAGCAGUUUAAGCUAAUUACGCAGGAUAUUGAGAAUAAUCCGUGAGUAUAAAUCGUGAGUUUUCACGAGGUGCAAUCUUUUGUUGCAAUUAUUGCGCCAUUUUGACCUUGGUUUUGGUACAAUAGGUUUCCAGUGUUGCCAGUUGGCAUUGUUCAAGGUAUAAUUGAAUGAAUUAAUUGUUUUCAGACCAGUGAAACAAAGGUGACUUUACAAUUGAAUGAAAGCAAACAAAAAGCAAUUAUAUUCGAUUUUAUAACAGUGAUUAAAGAUCAAUUAUACCAUUUCACUUAAAAGUGUUAAUUUUUCGUUUAAUAGGGCAGUUCACGAGUGGACCAUCGCGCGAUUUGAAGUGGUGCAAAAAAGUGAAUUUUGGAUUGAUAAUUCUCCCAGUACUUGACGAACCAGUUUUGAGAACCAUUUCAUAAAUCGACACGUAGUUAUAAUCUAAUACAACGAACAGUCAACUGGACUACCCUGGAAGACAUCGGUAACUCUACAGCGUAGCGGUUACCUUGUCCUCUACCUUCGCCGUUUGUUGACCAGCUACCGACCGCCGGCAGAAACGAUUAAAGGGGACGAAAUACACUGUUUCCGACGAUCAAUCCAAACCUACGCUUGAGGUCACGCAAGGUCACCGGUUGGUGAUUUAAUCUGGUGAGGUAAUAGGAUUGACUAUUGACUGACAAUGGCGAACACCAACAUUGCCGUUACUAUUGAACCCUAUCGCAAGGGUACAUCUUUUGGCGAUUGGAUUGAGCGUUUAGGUUUCUUUUUCAUCGUCAAUAAUGUUGCAGCAGAGGCUAAACGAGCGCAUUUCAUAACCCUCAGCGGUCCAUCGGUCUUUGCUGAAUUAAAAUUGCUUUAUCCGAAUGGAAAUCUAUCGGAAAUUAGUUAUGAAGAUAUGAUAGCUAAAUUGCGCGCGCGCUUCGAUAAAACGGAGUCCGAUUUGAUACAGAGGCUUAAGUUCAAUAACCGCGUCCAACAACCGGACGAGACAGCCGAGGACUUUGUUUUAUCGGUAAAGCUACAAGCCGAAUACUGUUCGUUUGAUAAUUUCAAAUCCUUUGCCAUACGAGACCGAAUUGUCGCCGGUGUUAGAGAUAGAGCCUUACAACAAAAACUGUUAAAUGAGGAAAAAUUGACUUUAGAAAUGGCUGAAAAAAUUAUAACAACGUGGGAAAUGGCCGGUGCCAAUGCAAAAACUUUGAACAUAAAUGGUAGUAACUUUGAACAAAUCGCAGCGAUUAGAAGGCAGGGACCAAUGCAAAGCGGUUCUAGACUGGAACAGUUAGCACGUACUUAUGAUAUGGCACAGCAGGCGCAAAAUCAGGGCAGAACAUAUAAUAGGGGUCCCGUCAAGAAUAGACUGGGGUACAGAUCCUUUCAUAGGAAUUCUCCAGCAAACCAGAAUUGGAGAGCUAGACCGAUGGACAGAUAUCAACCGCAUCCCAAUCGUCCUAAUUAUGCCGAGAUGAUCUGCAAUUUCUGUGGCAUCAAAGGCCACAUUAGAAGAAGGUGUUUUAAACUAAAGAAUAUGAGGAAAGAAGCAGUCAACAUGGUGGAAGCAGACAGUCCAGACGAAGACGCCAACAUCAGCCAGCUGAUGAAUCGGAUGAGGACUGAUUCCGAAUCAGACAGCGAUGAUGCGAGUGAUGCAGGUAGUGUUGAGUGCAUGUUAGUUUCUUCUAAUAACAGAAUAAGUGAUCCUUGUUUAGUAGAACUAACAAUUGAUGGUAAACAAUUAAAAAUGGAAGUGGACUGUGGAUCAUCUGUUUCGGUUAUCAGCAAAGCUCAAUAUUAUUUAAAUUUUGGGAAACCUUUGAGAGAAUAUAGCAGGAAAUUGAUAGUGGUAAACGGAGCAAAACUAAAAAUAGAGGGAGAAACAAGUGUGCUGGUUAGAUUCAAUGGGAUUGAAUCACAAUUGCAACUACUGGUCUUGGAUUGCAGCAACCAUUUCAUACCACUUAUGGGUAGAACAUGGCUAGAUGUAUUCUUUGUAGACUGGAGAAGAUUUUUUUCUCAUUCAAUGAAUGUGAAUAAUUUAUCUUUGAAAAACUCGGACAAUUGGGCCAUAGAGGUUCAAAACAAAUUUGGUAAUGUUUUUGUUAAAGAUUUUUCAACGCCAAUCAAAGGAUUUGAAGCAGACUUGGUACUUAAGACCGAUCAACCCAUUUUUAAAAAGGCAUAUGAAGUUCCAUAUCGGUUGAGGCAAAGAGUUAUGGAUUAUUUGACUAAAUUAGAAAAUGAAAAAGUAAUCACACCGAUUAAAACAAGCGAAUGGGCUUCGCCAGUUGUGGUAGUUAUGAAAAAGAAUAACGAGAUUAGAUUAGUGAUUGAUUGUAAAGUGUCCAUAAACAAGGUUAUAAUCCCAAACACCUACCCUUUGCCAACAGCUCAGGAUAUUUUUGCGAGUUUAGCUGGCUGCAAAAUGUUUUGCUCUCUAGAUUUGGAGGGAGCCUAUACGCAAUUAGCCCUGUCUGACAGGUCAAGAAAGUUCAUGGUAAUCAACACUAUCAAGGGCCUUUUCACAUAUAACAGAUUACCUCAAGGAGCCUCGUCUAGCUCAGCUAUUUUUCAACAGGUUAUGGACACAGUUUUAGAAGGAAUUGAGAAUGUUGAAACAUAUUUAGAUGAUGUAUUAAUAGCUGGAAAAAACUAUGAAGACUGUAAAAGAAAACUUGAGUUGGUAUUGCAAAGGUUGUCUGAUGCGAACAUCAAGGUAAACUGGGAAAAAUGCAAAUUUUUUGUGACCAAACUACCCUUUUUGGGACACGUGAUUAGUGAAAAAGGGUUAUUACCCUGUCCAGACAAAGUUUCAACAAUAGCUAAUGCAAAACCUCCUAGCAACAUUACAGAGCUUAAAUCAUACUUGGGGUUGCUAAACUACUAUAACAAAUUCAUGCCUAAUUUAUCAUCAAAGUUAUUUCAUUUAUACGCUCUAUUACGCAACAAUGUUAAAUUUAUAUGGAAUGACAAGUGUAACAAAGCCUUUGAGGAUAGCAAGCAAGCACUGUUGAAUGCCAAUUUUUUAGAAUUUUAUGAUCCGAUGAAACCGAUUGUUGUGGUAACUGAUGCUUCUGGCUAUGGGCUUGGUGGAGUUAUUGCUCACACAAUAGAUGGUAUAGAGAAACCUAUAUGUUUUACUUCUUUUUCUCUCAAUGACGCUCAAAAAUCUUAUCCAAUUUUACAUUUAGAAGCUCUAGCCUUGGUUAGCACUAUCAAGAAGUUCCAUAAAUAUCUCUACGGGCAAAAGUUUACAGUUUUCACUGAUCACAAACCGUUAGUAGGAAUCUUCGGGAAAAAUGGCAAGCAUUCUAUUUAUGUUACAAAACUACAGAGGUAUAUUUUGGAGCUCUCAGUCUACGAUUUUGAUAUUCAAUAUAGGCCAUCAGCUAAAAUGGGAAACGCAGACUUCUGCUCUAGAUUUCCUCUGCAUCAGGCUGUUCCGAAAGAAUGUGACUAUGAAUUCAUUAGAAGCAUCAAUUUUAGUAAAAGUUUACCGAUUGAUUUCAAAGCGGUUGCCAGAGCAACAAAAGAUGACGCCUUUUUGCAAAACAUUAUUUACUUUUUAAGACAUGGUUGGCCUAAAAAGAUUGAGAAAAUCUAUAGUGACGUUUAUUCAAAUCAACAAGAUUUGGAAAUUGUCGAAGGGUGCUUAUUGUAUCAACAAAGGGUGAUUAUACCAAGAAUAUUGCAAAAGGAUAUUUUGAAGCUACUACACUCCAACCAUUCUGGAAUUGUAAAAAUGAAACAACUGGCAAGAAGAACAGUAUACUGGUUUGGAAUAAAUAAUGAUAUGGAAAAAUUUGUUUUAAGUUGUGAUGCAUGCAACAGUAUGGCAAUUGUGGCAAAGCCAAAGACGACAGCUAAAUGGUUGCCCACGAAACGACCAUUUAGCAGAAUUCAUAUAGACUUCUUUUUUUUUAAACAUCACACCUUUUUGUUAAUAGUAGAUAGUUUUUCCAAGUGGUUGGAGAUAGAAUGGAUGAAGAAGGGUACGGAUUGUAGCAAAGUGCUUAAAAGAUUGGUUGAAUAUUUUGCGAGGUAUGGGUUACCCGAUGUUCUAGUUUCUGACAAUGGUCCUCCUUUUAAUUCAGUUGCGUUUGUUGGUUUUCUGGAAAAGCAAGGAAUUAAGGUGCUAAAGAGCCCGCCAUACAAUCCUCCGAGCAAUGGCCAAGCGGAAAGAUUAGUAAGAACUACGAAAGAGGUACUUAAGAAAUUUUUGAUGGACGAUGAAAUCGCUGAGUUAGAAUUGGAGGACCAGAUUAAUUUAUUUUUGUUUAAUUAUCGCAAUAGUGCUUUGACUAUAGAUGGAGAAUUUCCAUCCGAAAAGAUAUUUAAGUUCAAACCCAAGACACUUGUGGAUUUGCUUAAUCCAAAAAGCCAUUACAAAAAUCAACUAACACCACUACAGCCAGAUGAUGAAGAUACAAAUACCUCACAUCCUAACAAUGAUCAAGACCCUAUAAAUAAUCUGAUGGCUGGUGAUGUGGUUUGGUACAAGAACCAUAACCCGCACCACCUUUCACGAUGGUUAAAAGCUACUUUUCUAAAACGGUUUUCUAAAAAUACAUUCCAGGUGGAAAUUGGAAGCGUGCGGGUAAUGGCCCACAGACAACAGCUACGUCACGUUAAGGAGCAAGUUACGCUUCGGCCAAAUGUAACGGUGGUGGCCCCUCUCACCGCCAGGGGAGUCGUUAGCGACGAAGAGGAGGAACCAUUCCUCGGUUUUCCAGAGGAUACCAAGAGAUGGACGAGAAAACGGAAGCAGGUCGAGCAAAAUGAAACAAAUAGUGGGCUAAGACGAUCUAAACGAAGAAGAAUAGUGAAAGUAGAUGAAGAUUAUGUAUACAAUUGAAAUUUGAUCUGAAUUAAUAUGUGUUCGUUAAGCAAAACAUUGUAUUCUGUUCUGAAUGUAUAAUUUGAAUUUGUAUAGGUUAAGUAGACAAAAGUCUUUUCUGAAGAAAUCUCUCACUCUGAAUUAUAAUUUUAAAUAUUAGCUCUAACUUCCUUAAGGGGGAAGAGUUGUAAUAUCCUGUUAAAUGACAGAUCGAGCAAAUGAGAAUCGCGCAAUGCUAUUGCGCUCUUACUGUAUACCAAUACAAGCGAGUAAUGCCUGCAAGCUUAUGUGGGGUUCGAAUAAACGAUUAGCUGGCAUUCUUUGCUAGAUCUUCAACAGAACCAAAGGUGUUUUUCUACAACUCUCCGAAGUGCUAAAAUAAAAUAAAACUCA